CAACCGUCACGAUCACGGAAGCUCGUCCAAGGUCGCCCGGAAUACCUGCCAAUCUCGCUGCCGACCGACAACACAUCGGGACAACGACAAUCGUACUAGUCGGAUAUCCCAGUUAAUCCCUCCCAGCGAUCACAAUGGGAAAAAAGAAACGCGGCCACCCCGAUAUUGAGGAGCUCCUCGCGCGCCCGUGGUGCUAUUACUGCGAGCGUGACUUUGAGGACUUGAAACUUCUCAUCUCCCACCAGAAGGCGAAACACUUCAAGUGCGAGCGAUGCGGCAAGCGAUUAAACACGGCCGGAGGUCUCUCCGUGCACAUGAACCAGGUCCAUAAAGAAACUCUCAACUGCGUCGAAAAUGCGCUCCCCAACCGGCAAGGUCUUGACGUCGAGAUCUUCGGCAUGGAGGGCGUUCCCGAGGACAUCAUACAGCAACACAAUCAGCGCAUCAUCCAGAACUUCUACACCGCCCAGGCCGAGAGGCAAGCUGCCACCGGCAACCCACCGCGAGGCUCAUCGGGUGGGCAAGGGCCGACCAAGAAGAUCAAGUACGAGACCCCGGAGGAGAUCAAGAAGAGGCUAGCGGAGCACCGGGCAAAGCUCGCCGCCCAGAAAGCCGCAGGCGCAAACGGCGUUCCCGCCACGGCAGCGCCAGCCAACGGCCCAAGCCCAGCCCAAGGCACCUCCCCGUUCCCUGCUCCACAACCAGGCUACCCCUACCCCGCCCCUCCGGGGGGCGCCGUCGUGGCCCCUUAUCCCGCAAACCAGACGUACCCGCCGACAGCCGCCGCCUUCCCGCCGGGCGCCUCUCCGCCACCGGGCGCAACGACAACAGCCCCCUUCCCCCUCCCCGCGCGGCCUCCCAGCGGGUCUGCCGGAGCGCCACCCGGAGCGCCGCCUGGAGUGCCACCUUACUACUACAACGGCGCGCCGGCAGGCUACCCCGCCCCCGGCGUCCCCGGUGCUCCUGGCAGCGCACCUGGUGCCACUGGUGCUGCACCGUCGACGGUGGACGAGCUGGUGGCGAACGCAGCGAGACAGAGCAGCGGUGCGGGCGGUGAUGAGAUCGACCAGAUGAUCAGGAUGGCGGAGGCGGGUAUCAAGCCCGGCGCCGCGCCGGCGGCCGGGAAGACGGAAGAUGCGGGCGCCGGCGAGAAGAAGAAGAAGGGAACGAGGAUGGUGUACGGGGACACGGAGGUCAGUCCCGAGGAGAAGAUGGCCAUGCUGCCGCGGUAUCGCUGGGUCGAGGAGGCUGCUGCUGCUUGAGGAAGGGGGGGGAAUUUUUUUGUGGGAGGGUAGGAAUAAUCAGGAGGGCGUCCGCGCGAGCACGAUAGCCCGAUCGGCAUGGCCAAACCCUUCCCUGCGGGUGGGUUUUGCGAGUUUGUACGAGAGAUCUUAACGGCGCCAAGACGGCUUCAGAGUUUCUAGGUAUGUGCUCUGCCGUGUUAUACUGAGGACAGGGUGGGAAAAAAAAAAUGCAUGGCACUUGCGAUCACGCGAAUGCGUCCAUGCGGUGCGAAGCACCACAAAUAUCAGCUUGCCGCACCAUCCACCACCCAAAGGAGAGUCGAUGAAGAAGAGUUCUUUUGUCCCCUUUCAGUCAGACUCGACAUUGUCCUAGUGGAACGCUCAGCCGUAGGCAACAAUUUCUGCCUUCUCCCGCAAUGCCCGAGCACCGAUUGACUUGUUCUGCUGGUCCGUCUCUCGAGGUCGCCUCAACUAGUCCAUAUGCUUGCAAGCCUCGACCCGGAAGAUGCCGGAAUUCGAUACAUCAAGUCCCCAAAGCCGGACUCCUGAAUGC